AUGGGGGGGUGGUUGACCCGCCCACUCCCACGUCCGCCCCCGCCCCCACGUCUGCCCCCGCCCCCACCGCCCACAUCUGUCCCCGCCCCCACGUCUGCCCCCGCCCCCACCCCCCACAUCUGUCCCCGCCCCCACGUCUGCCCCCGCCCCCACCCCCCACAUCUGCCCCCGCCCCCACCCCCCACAUCUGUCCCCGCCCCCACGUCUGCCCCCGCCCCCACGUCUGCCCCCGCCCCCCACGUCUGCCCCCGCCCCCCACGUCUCCCCGCCCCCGCCCCCCACGUCCGCCCCCGCCCCCACGUCUCCCCGCCCCCGCCCCCCACGUCUGCCCCCGCCCCCCACGUCUGCCCCCGCCUCCACGUCUCCCCGCCCCCGCCCCCCACGUCCGCCCCCGCCCCCCACGUCCGCCCCCGCCCCCCACGUCCGCCCCCGCCUCCACGUCCGCCCCCGCCUCCACGUCUCCCCGCCCCCGCCCCCCACGUCCGCCCCCGCCCCCGCCCCCCACGUCUGCCCCCGCCCCCCACGUCCGCCCCCGCCUCCACGUCUCCCCGCCCCCGCCCCCCACGUCUGCCCCCGCCCCCGCCCCCCACGUCUGCCCCCGCCCCCCACGUCUGCCCCCGCCCCCCACGUCACCCCGCCCCCGCCCCCCACGUCUGCCCCCGCCCCCGCCCCCCACGUCCGCCCCCAGCUAUCACCACAGAUUAA